UGAAAUGAAACAGACUAUUUCCCCUAUGAUCAACCCGAUCUCAGAAAUGAGAAAUCCUAUAUAUUUAAUGAAUAAAAUCCCUCAAGAAAAGGAAAUCUUGUUUAUGAAGAGUAAACCGAAUAGGCCCAUUAGUCGAAAAAGUUUUGAGGAUGAACUCCAAAGAGUCAAAGAGAAAUUCUCAGCAUAUAAUAAUGGAAUGCCUAGGAAUUUGAGGAUCAGUGAUAUCCCUGGAGCCACCUCUAAACGAAAAAUCAGAAGUAAUGUUAACAAGUCUAUGGAUCUUAGCCUCAAAACUAGCGAUUUAAAUCAGAAAUAGUGAGAUUAGAAUCCAAAAGCCUUAUGAAUAUGGAGAGCAGUACAGAGAAGUUACAAAGAGGAAGUUCAUAAAGCGCCCUAGAAUGUCGAAUACCAGCCUUGAUCUUGAUAUCUCUGAUAUUCCUGGCGCUUCUGUGAAAUUUACAAAUUUUAACAAAAAAAUUAGAAAUAUUUUGGCUGUUGAUGAUAUUGAAGGAGCUCAAUCAGGAACCAAAAGCAUGCAGUAUCCUCAAAGAAUUGCUAGAAGAAAGGAAUCUAGAUAUAGUAAUGACCCAAUCACAGGAGGUCCAAAGUAUGGCAAUAUACAAUUAAUAAGAUAUGAGUCUGAAAAUCUCUCUUCUUUCUUAAAAUCUAAUAAGGAUGCGAUGGAAGAAAGAGCUCCCAUUACUCGCCAUACAAAAGAGAGGCUAAGAACCAAGAGGUUGUUCAGGAACAGAUAUGCAAACCUAAGCAAUUUUACAAUGGACUGGGAGGAGAAUAUCACCACAAAGGGUUACAAACAUCCUUUAGGAAAGAACCACACAGCUUUGGAUGUAUAUCUAAGAGGAGGGCUAAAUUCAAAGAAAAAUGAUAUAUUAGCAUUAAAAACUCAGAAUAACUUAAACAACUUGAGUAAUACAAGUCAAAAUCAGUCUAAAGAAAGUGUAUUACAAGGAAGAACCAAGCUUAUGAACUCUUUAGAAUUAGGGAACUCAGGAUCCACUUUAUGUAUGAAUUCCAAGCCUCCUAUGAAGAAGUUUUACGACAAGUUCAAGAGCAACAAAGGACAGUCAACAGCGAAUGAAUGUUACAUGAAUUUAGCUCAUAACACACUGAAGUACCCAGGCAUUGUUAAGAAUAAUUCAAGGAACAGAAAUAACUCUUUAGGAGCUCUCUCUUCUGUGUAACAGCUUAUAACUUUCAAUUAAAA